AUGGAUGUCUCGAAUCCCAAUCCUCUCCAAUCCACGAGAGGAUUUGUGGACAGUUUGGUUACCGAGUUGGCUUUCCAUACAGGUACUGAUGUCCACGGAGGGGGCCAGCCGAGGACGCGGACUGCCUCAAAGCAAACGCAAAACGCCCUCUCGGGCCUACCGGCAUGGCGACUGGCCAGAGUCAAGCCUCUGAUGCUCUCACUGCACUGCGUAUUCCCCAAUGACCUUCUUCCGGCCCUCGACAUCCUGGAUCGCGGACUUGUGCAGCGUUUGGUGUGCCCCGAUCACCUCGAUGCAGUGAUUGCCCAAGGUCAAACAAGUACUGCUGGUCUAAGCCCACCACACAACCCAGCUUCCAGCUCCGGACAGGCGAUAGUACGGGAAGACAUUUUCCUGGUAACAUCUGCCUCGGACCCCCGAAGCGUCGCUUCAUCUACCUUCGCCACGCAGCUACCAGAAAAGGGCUACGAGGUCCGCCUGCACGCGUGGAACUGUACCUGUCCCACUUUUGCCCUGUCAGCAUUCCGUGAUCUGCCCUCCAGACUGAGUUCUUUCACCGAGGCUCGCUCCCAUGCCGUGCUGCGUGAUCGGGAUGAGACGAUUGUCUAUCCAUUUGGUGGAACGCUGACUUGUGCGACGGACAGGGGGUCUCCACCAGUCUGCAAGCACGUACUAGCCUGUGUUCUGUUUGCUCGGUGCCCGGGGCUGUUUGAGGUCGAAGGAGACGGGAAGCGUGUGGUGUGUAUAGAGGAGUUGGCUGGCUGGUGUGCUGGCUGGGGAGGUUGA